AUGUCAAAUAGUGUUACAAUUAAUAUAAUUUCAGCUAAAAUACUUUCAGUUGGUAUUAAUGUUGGAUCAUUUAUGUAUGAAUAUAUACUUGGAAAUAAAUAUCAAUGGAUUUAUUCAUCAAGUAUAUCAGGUUCAAGUUAUCAAGAUAUAGCUUAUCUUGAUUUAGGUGUUGUAACAAAUACUGCUGGUUGGCAAACUGACUAUCGAUCAAGUCAAUGGAUGUUAUCUGGUAGUACUUAUGUACAAAUUAAUUUCGGUAAUUUAACAUUAAUUAAUCAAAUACAAUUAACUGUUCCAUCAUCAUUUGCAUCAAUUCGUUUUGUUCAACUUGGUUACAGUUGA